AUACAAAAUGCAUGGCUAUGCAAAUGUUAAAAGCUAGUGUCAAACCUAGUAUGAUUUACGAAGCCAUUAGAGGUGAAAAUGGAGAGCCAAUUGCAACAAGAAGAGAUAUUUCUAAUUUGGGUACACAAAUUUACCAUUCAGAGAAAAAUGCAUCAAUAGAAAUGUUAAUAAUAAAUAUAGAAAAAAGAGGGUAUACUGUACAUCAUGAGAACUAUGAAGAUAGACGUAUCAAACAUCUUUUCUUUUGUCAUGAUAAUUCCAUUCAAGAUGCUAGACACUUUUCAGAA